ACGGGGAUAUUUAAUUUUGUCAUAUGUAUUGCUUCAGGAAAGAUUUAAACAAAUUUGAACAAAUAGAUUAAGGCUUCAAGAAAAAGGAUCUUUAAAUCAUCAGUUGAAAUAGACCUCCAUUUUGUAUCUACUUAUAUCAUUAGCUUGUAUCGGUAGCUAUUGUAGAGCGUAUAUAAAUGAAAUAGAAAAUGUAAUUGUUUAAUGUGUUGAUUAGCAUUUAACUGGAUUACCUGUACGUCACAGUUUAAAUUGGCACCCAAGGAAGCAUUUGAUCGUUGACGAUAUUCUUAACAACCACAAAUUGAAAGGAAAUUCAAAUUCAAUAGUACAUAUUUUGUGUUAAAGGAAUUUAAAUUUAAACCAGUGACUCGGAAGAAUUAUCAAUUGUUUAAUAGUUUCUGGUCAUUAAUCAUCUGGAUAAAAAAGAUAGAAAUUGAAAGAGAACUUGUCAUUAUUCUAACGAUAUUGUUAUAUUGUGUGAUACCAUUUUUCUCUUUGGGAUUGGAUAUCUUUGUCAUUUUGGCCCUGACAACAGAAAAACAGAACUUGAUUUUUUUUUGUGAGAUUUCUUCUAUUUUGACAUUUUCCUUUGGAAUUUUUGUUAAACAGAUUGAUGCAAUUUAAAUCUUUAUUGUGUUGAAGUAUUUUGACACAUUUCCGUGGAACUGGUGAUUGAAUAUUGACUGGUGACUGGAUAUUGAGUGGUGAAUUCUUGAACUAAGGUGAAGGUAGGAAGGUGAAAGAUUGAACUGAAAGUUUUCCUUUUUAAAUAAAAAAGAGUAAAUGAAUUAAAUAAUAUAUAGGCCUAUUAGAAAUAUGGCCAUGAAAGUUGACAACAGUCCAUAUUACCAAAAACUGCCAUCCAUUGACCUUGGUUUUGAAGGCAGAUCAAAGGUCAAUUCUUUGGAUAAUGUGCAGUACCGACCAGGCGGAGGAAACAAGCAAAUUAUUAACCAGAAACUAAAAUGGAAUUCACAGGCCAAAGUAGGUUCCUUAGAUGAUCGUCAUCUUCAAUUAAAACGACCUCAGAGUUACCAUAGUGAUGGAACAAAAGAUAUUACUGCAAUUAAAUUUCCAAAAAUAUAUCAAGAUAGAUUAAAUUUUUCAAAUGCAAGAAAUGGAUGGGAACACUUACAACAUAAUGAAGAGGGAACAUACGCCAUGGUGAAAAAUAAAAAGUAUUACGCCAAACCAAAGGUUGGAUCUUUUGAUAAUGUUCAUCAUAGUCCAGGUGGAGGGGAUGUCAAAAUUCUCAGUGAUCGUCUAGAAUGGCAGGCCGGUGCAAAAGUAGGCUCGUUAAAUAAUGUCACUCAUGAACCUGGUGGGGGACAAGUUAUUAUUCCCACAGAGAAAAUUCAGUGGAAUGCACAAUCAAAAGUUGGAUCUUUGGAUAAUCGUCAUUUUCAGCCUCCUGGUGGAAAUGUUCAAAUACACAACGAAAAACUUAAAUGGAAACCAAAUUCUAAAGUAGAUGCUAAAAAUACAAAUUAUAGUCCUAAGGGUGGAGAUGUAAAAAUUGUCAGUGAAAAGUUGAAGUGGGAAACACAUGCAAAAGUUGGAUCCUUAGAAAAUGCUGGCUAUAAACCCAAAAUUAAUGAUAUAAAUAUAGUAAAUGAGCGAUUAAACUGGGAGGUCUCACCACGUAUAGGAUCGUUAGACAAUGUUUACCAUACCCCCGGAGGAGGUAAUGUGACAGUAAGAGGUGAACGUCUUCAGUGGCAAGGAAAUCCAAAAGUAGGCUCUAUGGACAAUGUCCAUCAUGUCCCUGGUGGGGGUGAUAAACAUAUUAUUAGUGAGACACCUCAUUGGGAUGCCAGACCUAAGAUUGGAUCAUUGGCAAUCGCAAAGACAUACAAACCAGGCGGUGGAAAUAUUCAGAUCGUUAACGAAACUCCCAGAUGGCAAGCACAUCCAAAAAUAGAUUCUCUCGGCAAUGUAACACAUCGUGCAGGAGGAGGAAACGUACAAAUUGUGGACAAUUCUCUAGAAUGGAAUACAUCAGCAAAAGUGGGAUCACUAGAUAAUGUGGCUCAUCAUGCAGGCGGAGGAUCCUUAAAAAUACCGAUGAAAAUUUGGCCCUAUCCCAAAGGCAGUAUGGAUGAACUUCCCUCUCCAGUAACAGCCAGGUCAAACAAGAACUCACCAAGAGGCAUGUAUUUCAAUUUUUUAUGUAUAUUUUUUGAUAGCUCAGUCUCAGUCACUGCCAGAAAAUAAUGUAUUAUAGAGAACAAACACCAAAAGAACAACUUGUUUUAGUCCCUUGGUCAACAAUGGAAAUCUGACCACAACUCUUUAUAAUUGUAUCAUGUAAGACAUUAUACAUUGCUUACUUAACCAAACUAAAAUGUGAAAACACCCUGUUUUGUAAGUUUGAUAUAUUUUUAUUUCACAGAUUGGCUUAUAUAUAAUUGUAAAGAAGUUAAGAACACAAAAAUAUUUUGUCUAAAAUGUCUGUUACUGAGGCCA